GCAAUUUCUCCCAAUUGAAUUUGUUUUCGUUACAAUUAACUAUUAAUCGAUAUUUUUUGCUUUAAACUAUUGUUACUUUUAGAUUUUGGAUACAAUCGCUAAUUCAUUAGGUUGACUGGUUGCAAAAAUAUAAUAGCUUUUAGGAAAGAUGUUUCAACUUGAAUGUUACCAUAGUGAAAUUCACAUCAGAGUUGUGAAAUCGAAGUAAAACAUUCUAGAACAAUUUUAUACACAACAAUAUCAAUUAUUUCGAAAUUGAGACAAAUAUAUAUAUAAAGGCGCCUGUCUGUAUUGUGCGCAAAUUACUAUACUUUACCAGAAAUCAAAUAAAUAUUGUUUUAUUACGAAAAGAAACUAUGGAGUCGGUAACUGAAGAACUACGUAAAGAGUGGGCACAGAAACAAUUAGAGCUACAAUCCAAAUUAAUUUUAGAAGAUACUCAAGCAUGGCAGACAAAGAGAAUUACGGCUGAAAAUGAUUUAGGGUUUCCCGGAGAAGAGUCUUUGCAAUACGUCGGUGGAGUAGAUAUCAGUUUUAUAAAGGAUGACAACGUAAACGCAUGUGCGGCUUUCGUUGUCUGUAGAUUUCCUGAUAUGAAAGUUGUUCAUCGAGAUUUGAGUAUGGUAAAGCUAACGAAACCUUAUAUUGCUGGCUUUUUGGCUUUUAGAGAAGCUGACUUUUUGAUAGAGAAAAUAGAGAAACUAAGAAGAGAUAACCUAAAAAUAUUCCCUCAAGUAGUUUUAGUAGAUGGGAAUGGUUUAUUACAUCCCAGAGAGAUGGGUUUAGCAUGUCAUAUGGGGGUAAUUUUAGAUAUGCCUUUUAUUGGUGUAGCAAAGAAUCUUCUACAUGUACCCGGAUUACAGAGAGAUGUCGAGUUUAAAGAUAAGAUCAAACAGAUGGAAAGAGGUGGGGAUUCUUUCGAGUUAGUUGGGCAAUUCAACAGAGUUUAUGGCUUGGCGUUGAGAAGUUGCGAUGACGCACCAAAUCCAAUUUAUGUUUCACAAGGACAUAGGAUUAGCCUCGAGACUGCAAAAUGGGUUGUCAUGAAAUGUAUAAAGUAUCGAAUACCUGAGCCGACGAGAAAAGCAGAUCAUUUCUCUCGAGACUUUUUAAGAGAGCAGGGGAAGCGGUAA